AUGGAACAAGCACGACGACCCACGUCCAGCAAGGACACGGAUCAGACCCUUGACACGGAAGUCUACCAGCCUAAUACUACGGGUGGUGGGAUUCCCGCUGUCGGAGAAUCGCAAUCGGACAAUGGAAGUGACCCAGGUGUCGUUCCAAUGAACGAAAACGAAUUUGAACGUACCGCCAUUCGAUGCUUUCGUUACUUCAUCAUCGUGUUGAUGUUGAGUGCUACGAUUGCCGCCGGUGUGGCAAGUUACAAUUAUUUACACGGGGAAGAAGGACGAGACUUUCAAAAGGAGUUUGACAUUGUUGCGGAUGACAUUCGUCUCUUGAGUUCCGACCGUCUCGAUGCCUUUCGAGCCGACUUUCGAUCCUUAUCCUGGACUAUUACCGGUUUGGCCAAGUCGUCCAAUGCCACUUGGCCAUUCUACACGGACGUUAACUUUCCAGUCAUUGUUUCUAAUUUUCGCAAAACGACCGGAACGGGCAUGAUUGCCCUGAGUCCCAUUGUUCACAACAUUGUGGAACAAUUCCAAUGGACCAACUAUUCCCAAACUCAUCAAGGAUGGAUUCAAGAUCAUUUGGACUUUCAAGCCAAGAAGACUACUAUUGCUGCGGAAGAGGAAAAUGUCGUCUUUAACAAUAACAACAACGAAAUGGAUGACAUUUAUCCUGGAAUCUUUCGCUGGACGGAUCAAGGCCGUGUCCGAGAAGAUGGAGUGGGUCCCUUUUUACCACUCUGGCAAAUGAUGGACGCUCCUCAAGAUCCCUCCAACAUUAACUUGAAUUUGUUGUCGGACGAUGCCUACAAGCAAGUCUUUGAUGCCGUCCUGGCCCAAAAGUCCCCCAUUAUGACGGACAUUUUUGACGAUAUGUUGCCGGAAUUGAAGGAAUCCAACAAUGAGGAUGAGGAGGAGGAUCUUCCCAUGUCGCUCUUUGUGCAUCCCGUCUACCAAGAUGUCACCCAGCAACAAAUCGUGGCCAUUUUGACCGCCAGCAUUGUGUGGUCGCCUCUCUUUGUAUUGGCCAGUGACGAAGCAACUCCACCCGUCGACGUUGUUAUUGAAGAAGGCUGCGAUCGCAAACUUACCUUUCAAGUGACGGGCCCCAAUGUCGAAUUCAAAGGCUAUGAGGAUCUUCAUGAUCCGGCCUAUGAUGGGUACGAAACUUCGUUUGAUUUGGCACACUCCAUUCGUACGCAUUAUGUGACCGAAUUUGAGGGUUGUGAGCAUGGCAUUUCCAUCUACCCCACCAAAGGAUUUUGGGACCAAUACCACACGACAGCUCCAGCCUCGACGACGGGUAUCAUUGUGGGAGCCUUUUUGUUCAUGUGCAUCAUCUUUUAUCUAUAUGAUGCCGCCGUUCACAUGCGUCAAAAACGGAUCCUUCGCGUGGCCUCCCAAUCCGAAAAGAUUUUGAGCGUCCUCUACCCCAAGACCAUUCGAGACCGUCUCUUUGGAAUGGAAGACAAGGCAGAAGAAGAACAACCAAAAGGAGGCAAAAAGGGUGGUCGCAAGAGAUUGAACGAUGACUUGAUCAAGGCCACCAAGUACCAAUUGAAACAAUACAUGAAGUCUUCUCCGGGACAGUUGGAUGGUGUCACUGGUGGAUUUGAUUCCAAACCGAUUGCUGACUUGUUUUUGGAUGCUACCGUCCUAUUUGCCGAUAUUUCUGGUUUCACAGCAUGGAGUUCCGUCCGAGAACCGACCCAAGUCUUUACCUUGCUUGAAAGUGUCUACCGAGCCUUUGAUGUCAUUGCUCGACGUCGCAAAGUCUUCAAGGUGGAGACUGUUGGAGAUUGCUACGUGGCUGUGACUGGGUUGCCUGAACCAACCAAGGACCACGCCAGAAUCAUGGCGUUGUUUGCCAAGGAGUGUGUCACCCGUUUCGAAGAAUUGGUGGGCAUGUUGGAAACUACCUUGGGUCCCGAUACGGGGGAUCUUGGUAUUCGUGUGGGGAUUCAUAGUGGUCCCGUGACGGCCGGUGUCUUGCGUGGGGACAAGUCACGGUUCCAGCUCUUUGGAGAUACGGUCAAUACCGCCUCCCGGGUGGAAUCGACUGGAAAGCGCAACAUGAUUCAUGUUUCGGAAGAGACUGCUUUUCUCUUGACCGCCGCUGGCAUGCAAGACCAACUGAAGCGUCGUGAAGAAUUGGUGUCGGCCAAGGGCAAGGGAAAGCUCCUAACCUUUUGGCUCAAGGUGGAUCGCAAGGAGCCCGAACAAUCCGAAUACAUGCACAACAGGCCACAUGACGGAUUCCAAAAUGGAGACGGUGCAUUCGUCAACAAACCUACCAACUACAACAAUACUUGUCUCAAUACCGAUGCCAGUAACUACGAAGCCAUUGAGGAAAUGCUUUCUCCAAGAGUACGACGAUUGUGUCAAUGGAAUGUCGAUAUUCUGGCACGUCAUUUGAAACAAAUUGUUGCUCAUCGCGAUGCCCAAGGACCUAUGAACCAAAACUACAACGAAGAAUUGUCAAGACGCGAAGUUUCCAUUUGCCGACAAAUGGAUGUCCUGGACGAAGUUGUUGAAAUUAUUCCAUUGCCUGGUUUUGACCCCAAUGUGUACAAGCGUCAAAAAGAUCCCAACGACAUUGAAUUGCCCGAAGUUGUCAUGAAGCAGAUUCGUUUGUAUGUGGCUUGUAUUGCUGCCAUGUACCAUGACAACCCAUUCCACAACUUUGAACACGCAAGUCACGUCAUGAUGUCUGUUUCCAAGUUGUUGUCACGUAUCGUCGCCGCCGAUGACAUUUUGAAUGAAGACGAAAAUGCCGCUGAAGCCAAUGACUUUGGCUGGUCCAUUCACGAUCACACCUAUGGUAUCACAUCGGAUCCCAUGACCCAGUUCAGUGUUAUUCUUGCAGCCAUGGUUCAUGAUGUCGAUCACACUGGAGUCUCCAAUGCGCAAUUGGUCAAUGAAAACCACCGAUUGGCUGCCAUGUUUGACAAUAAGAGUAUUGCCGAGCAGAACUCCAUGGUUUUGGCCUGGGACAUUUUGAUGGAUUCUCGAUUCCAUGACUUCCGCCGAACGAUUUAUGCGGCUCCCUUUGAAUUGGAUCGAUUCCGUCAACUCAUGGGCAAUACAGUCAUGGCCACAGAUAUCAUGGACAAGGAACUGCAAGCCCUUCGACGCAAUCGUUGGGACAAGGCCUUCAAUUCUGUCAACAUCACGAACGAUAGCAUUGUUGAUCCACAUGCUUCCAUGGUGGUUCCCGAAGGUACCAAGGACAAGGUGAACCGGAAGGCUACCAUUGUGAUUGAGCAUUUGAUUCAAGCUUCUGAUGUGGCGCACACGAUGCAGCAUUGGCACAUUUACCAAAAAUGGAACGAGCGACUUUUUGCCGAAAUGGCGCUCGCCUACAAGGCUGGACGAUUGGGGUUCAAUCCGGCCGAAAAGUGGUACCAAGGGGAAAUUGGUUUCUACGAUCACUACAUCAUCCCGUUGGCCAAGAAGUUGAAGGAUUGUGGUGUCUUUGGAGUGGCAUCUGAUGAGUAUUUGAACUACGCCAUGGAGAAUCGUCAAGAAUGGGAAGAAAAGGGCCAUGGCUUUGUAGCUGAGUUGACAGCCAAGUACAUGGGGGAUGUCCAAAAGGAGGAAGAAAAGGUCGAACCCCAACCAGACAAGCCAACAGCCAUUGCGGCACCACCGGCCAAGACGGAUGAAACGGGCAGUGUCACUUCGCAAGUGAGUGAAGCAAUCAGCGCCAUGUCGGGGAGUGUUGGUAGCGGCACGCAGGUGGAGAUUGUAUGA